GAUUCUGCUCUUCUUCUUCCCGCUGCAGCCACCCGAAGGAAAAGAGAGGGAAACCCAGCCAUGCCUUGAGGAAACCGGUAGGAAGCUUGGUUUUCUCCUUCCUUUCUUGCUCUAGAACACACCUAGAACCCGGAAAUCUCUCCCCCUUUGCUGGAAAAGCCGGAUCUGCCCUGCUCUGCUUUGUCCUUCCGUCGGCUGCUCUUGAUUGUGGGUGAUUUCUGGGCAUAUUUUUCGGUAAGAACAGCCCCUAAUUCCUUUGUUCUUGGUUGAAUUGGCUUGGGUUAACUUUGAUUGCUCUUAUUUCCUUCAAUUUUGGGUAGUUCCCGUGAAUUUCUCCCCUGCACUGCCGCCGGCUUCUUCCCCAAAUUGUAGCUCUGGCCUUGCUUGCUGGAUUCUGAAAAUGGGGAUAAUUCCGCUAGUGUUUUGGCCCAAUUGUGGAAGUCGGAGUUACUGUUCACGUCGUGAGCACUGUUCAGGUGUACUGUUCACCGACACUGUUCAGGUGUACUGUUCACCGAUACUGUUCACACCUCGAGGGCCAACAAUUAACGGGGAUUUAAGUGAUUAGUUUGUGAUAUGAGAAUGAUUUUGGAGAUAUUUGAUCAUGUGGAGAUUUAUAGGAAAUAGCAUUGUAAUUAGGAAUGAUCCUAAUGAUGAUUUCAGCUUGAAUUUGUGAUAGUCCGGUAUUAAUUCUCGGAUGUUUUGAUUAGGUUUCUGAUCGUUUUGUCAGUUAGUACGUGAAUUGAGUGCUCGGUUUAUGCGAGUGAGGUAAGUAAAUUUAUGGUAAUGCCCGUACUGUUUUAAAAGCAUGUUUUGAUUUGUUUUGAAGUGGUGGCGGGACUAAACCCGUUUUACAUGAGCAUGACUGAUUUGAAGUGAAAUGUUUAUGUUUUCAUUAAAUUGAGCAUGCCUACUUGAAAGUUUAAAUGACUAUCCUGAUGAUUUGAAAGUGAUUGUGAAUCGUGAUUUUUCUGUUAACUUCUGCCUGUUUUGUCUCCGAUAUGGUCAUGUUAUUCGUGUGCCCGCUAGU